GCUAUUUUUUCUUUUUUCCUCAAAACAAAAGAAACAAGGAAGGUUUUGAGACCCGAAGAAAAGAAGAGAGCCUUAAAAAUAAUAGUAUUGGUAACACAACAAGAAGGCCAAAAGGCAAAGGGGAUUGGUGGAGGGGUCAAGGGGGUCACCAGAGGGUCAUUGAAGCCCCACUCAAAAUACCCACAAGGAUUUCUGAGCUUGCGCGCGGGACAAAAAAUUUCUUCGGCGCUUCAAAACCCUAGAUCAGAUUUUUCCCGCCAAAAACCUAUCUUCCACGCUUGACCUAGAUGCUUAAUCGGUACUUUUUUGCCCCCAAUACGUUUUACAUUGUAAAUCUGAAUCUAAAUCGAAAUCGAUUCUGCAAAUAUAAGCAUACCUCUUUUUAUUUCCUUCGAUGUUUAAUUAGUAGUCAUUUUGUUGGGGUUUUUUUUUUUAAAAAAAAUUAUUUUAUGAAGAUUGCGAGACGAUGACUCGUUUUUAGGGUUUUGAACUGCAAAAUUAAUGGCAGGGUGGUCGAUGAUUUCUGGUGAUAAGUGCGCCUUAGAUUGCUGCAAAACCCCACAGAAGAAGCUCCAGCCAAAAGGGCUUCUGUUCGCUCUUGACCCGUUUUCACAACUGGCUGGAUUAAAAACCGAACCCGAUGCCAAGCUUCGAUGCCAAUUUGAUAAGUGUUUAAAUUUUUUCCGGAAAGAAAUCUGUGCCCUAGAUGUUGCAUUCCCUCCAAUGUUUGGAGAUGGACAAUCUGUGGAUUUGUUUAAAUUGUUUUUGAUUGUGAGGCAGAAGGGUGGUUAUGAUGCCGUUUCUAAUAAAUGUUUGUGGGAUGUGGUGGCUGAAGAGUCUGGAUUGGGCCCAAACCUUGCAUCUUCUGUGAAAUUGGUUUAUGCCAAGUAUUUGGAUGCAUUGGAGAAAUGGUUAGAGAGAUGUGUUGAUGAAAAGAAUUCAAAAUCCAAAUCAAGUGAUAUCAUCAACUCAAAAACCAAACUGAGUGAUAGUGGCGCAGAUGUGGGUGGGGUUUCAAUGGAGUUAGGGUCCGAGUUUAAGGGGUUGUUGUCAGAGAUAAUGGAUUGGAAAUCUGUACUGAAUGUGAGUGCUGAGGUGGAUUCAAAUGGGGAUGAGAAGUGCAUUGUUGAUGAUGAAGAAUCUGUGCACAUAGACAAUGGAAAGAGUGUUGUUGAUUUUGUUGAAAUUGGGAAGUUAGGCUAUAAUGUGGCAAAGAGCACUACCAUUGAUUCUUUUUCUGAUGGGGACAAUAGAUGUAAAGAUGUUCAGAAAGACCUGCAAUCCAAUUUAACAAGUGUGAAGGUUUGUGAUGAGGAAGAGGUGAAGAGUGCAAUGGUGGAAAUGGAUGGGAGCAAGAAAGAUGACAAUGGUGAUGAAAAUGAUGUUAUGGUAUUAGAUUUGGACGCUGUUGAGGAAUCCAUUUCCAGCUAUGAAAGGAAAAGGGAGUCCAUGUGUAGAGUGCUGAGCUGGAUUACUGGGAUUGCAAGGAAUCCAUGUGAUCCUGUAGUUGUUCCGUUACCAGAGAGGUCAAAGUGGGAGUCUUAUGGGAAUGAGGAAUUAUGGAAGAAGGUUUUGUUGGUUCGGGAGGCAUUGUUUCUGAGAAGGCAUGUUGAUUCAGGUGCUGAAAAUUCCUUUUGCCAGAAAAAUCGGAAGAUGCACCCAUGCAUGUAUGACGAUCAAGUUGGAUCUGCUUACAAUUUCAGAGAGAGGUUAAAAAGUAGCAAGAAGCUGCUACAUAGCAAAACAGUGUUUCAGGCACAGGCUUGUUCACAGUUGUCUUCCUCAACCACUGAAACCGACUCAUACUCUCGCAAAAAAGGGAUUUUCAAUGGUGAUUCCUCAACAAAAUAUUCAGUGGUUGACCUUCCAGUUGAAAAGUCAAUUCCCUUGGGCCCAGAUUUUCAGGCUGAAGUGCCAGAAUGGACUGGUGUUGUCUCUGAAAGCAACUCAAAGUGGGCUGGGACACGGGUUUGGCCACUGGAAAAAGUGGAUAACAGAAUAGUUAUUGAACGAGAACCUGUUGGUAAGGGAAGGAAUGAUUCAUGUGGUUGUGAAGUGCCAAAAUCUGUAGAAUGUGUCAGAUUUCACAUUGCUGAGAGAAGGUUGAGGAUGAAGUGUGAAUUGGGUGCAGCUUUCCAUCAUUGGAGGUUUGAUAAAAUGGGUGAAGACGUUAAACAUUCCUGGACAGAAGAAGAAGGGAGAAAAUUUAAGGCUAUAGUGCGGUUAAAUCCUCCAUCUCUUGACAAGUGUUUUUGGGAUGAGAUAUUCAAAUUUUUUCCUACGAAGGGAAAGGAAGCUCUGGUGAGCUACUACUUUAAUGUAUUUCUUUUGCAGCGCAGAGCACAACAGAAUAGGCUAACUCCAAAUAACAUUGAUAGUGAUGAUGAUGAAUCAGAAUGUGGAUUAGUGACUAAUAGUUCUAAGCGUGAAGCAGCACCCAAGUCACCAGGCUCCCUCCUAUAUUCUGCAAAGAAGCCUCGUAAAAGUGUUUAGAUAAUGUCUGAUUGUUGGUGAAAGUACACUGCCUUUGCUGAGAUAUGUAUAGUCUUGGCUUUCCUUUUUGUCCUUUUACGGUUUUGAUAUUUGGUGAUUUUUCAUGGCUAUCUUGGCGUAAUGCCAAAAAUUUUUUUACCUCCUGUGGAAAGCAGAAGUUUUGUGAUUAAAAUUCUGCACCUAAUGAUAAUUUAGUGGAGAGGUGAGAGCAUUAAGCUGUAAGCUGUAGCCUACAGGGUUCAAGCAGUGUUGGCUCUGAAGGUGCUUUUGGUUUAUUGGCUUCCAGUUUCUGAGACAGUUCCUGUUCAUUCAUGUAUGCCUAUGUCACAUGCCGGUAUUUCAGAGUUUCUUUAUUAGAUUUUCUGUGGCAUUUGUGACUUUAAUUGAAAGACUUGAGGAAUAUAGCAAGGAAUCGGUCGAUUAGAGGAAUAUGGAUACAAGAAAAGUAAUAUUUUAUUAUUCAAUUUGUAGUUUCUCAUAGUUUUGGUACAUACGUUAGAUGUGAUGAAGGUUUAAAAUGUGGUAUGAAAUUGAUCAUGUCUAAGCAUUUACAUUUUAAUACUUGUUCGGGGCACUCUGUGAUCACUAGUUUAUGUUGAAAUCACGAAACGUAUGCUCACAUGUAAAUAUUAGUAAGAAUAAAGGUUAUUUUUAAAGUA